UCCGCCAAGUACGAGGACGGCCGUCCGGCGAGCGCAUCCGCGACCCCCUUCCCUCCCGCCAAAUCUCCGGCGACAAAAGGCGUCGAACGUCGCUUUCGCCCACGCCUCCACCUUAAUCGUCCUCCCUCCAUUUCGAACACAUGAACUUGGAAGGCCUCGGCUCACUCUUGCACCAGUGCUCCAAGAUCAAAGCCUAUCGCCGCGGGACGUGCCUUCAUGGCCUCGCCAUCACAUCUGGCAUGCACCCCGACACCGUCGUCUCCAACCACGUCCUCAACAUGUACGCCAAGUGCGGCGACAUCUCGCUCGCACGUCGGGUGUUCGACGGAAUGCCCGAGAGAAGCCUCGUCUCUUAUUCCGCCAUGAUCUCUGGCUGCAGCCAGGCAGGGGACCACGGGAUGGCGCUUGGGCUGUUCUCCCGAAUGGGUGUUUCCCCGAACGAGUACGUUUACGCCAGUGCCGUCAGUUCGUGCGCCGCGCUCGAGGCGCUGCUGCAAGGCCAGCAAAUUCACGCCCACUCGCUGAAGUCCGGUUACGCACCCGUUUCUUUCGUCGCCAACUCCCUGAUUUCGUUAUACAUGAAACUGGGUCGUUGUGAUGAUGCCGAGUCGGUGUAUGAUUGUGUUGCCGAACCGAAUGCCGUUACUUAUAAUACGUUAAUUGCUGGUUUUGUAGAAAAUCGUCAGACCGGAAAGGGAUUAGAAGUCUUUAAGCUAAUGCGUCAACAGGGUCUUCUUCCGGACAGGUUCACAUUUGUCGUGUUAUCAGGGAUUCCCCUCGAGUCAAAAAAUUUACAGGAGGGAAUGGCUUAUCAUUGUCUAGCAAUCAAGCUUAAACUUGACUCCUGUGCUUUCGUUGGCAACUUGAUAAUGACAAUGUAUUCCAAGUUCAGUUUGUGUGAUUCGGUGGAGAGGGCUUUUAGAGUGAUCGAAGAUAAAGACUCCAUUUCCUGGAAUGCGUUAAUGACUGCUUGUAAUCAAUGCCUUGAUUAUACAAAGAGUUUGAGAAUUUUCAAGCAGCUGAAAGUAGAGUGCACUGCACUGCCUGAUGACUUCAGUUACACCAGCGCGAUUGCCGCUUGUGCAGAGCUUGCUUCACUUCAUCAUGGCAAACAGAUUCAUGCUCAUCUGAUUAGAACAAAGCUGUCAUGGGAUGUUGGAGUUGGUAAUGCCCUUGUCAAUCUGUAUGCUAAAUGUGGUUCUCUGGAAUAUGCUUGUAGGGUAUUUUGGAGGAUGCUCUCCCGGAAUCUUGUUUCAUGGAAUACCAUGAUAUCUGUAUAUGGAAACCAUGGGCUCGGAGGGAGAGCCAUUGAAAUAUUUGAGCAGAUGCUUGCAAUGGGAGUAAGACCAGAUUCUAUAACAUUUGUAGGACUCUUGAUAGCUUGCAACCAUGCUGGGCUAGUGGACAAAGGGUUAACUUACUUUAACAUUAUGAUACAGCAGUACGGAAUUUCCCCUGAUUUAGAACAUUUCUCUUGCCUCAUUGACAUGUUGGGCCGGGCCGGGAGAUUACACGAGGCAGAAGAGCUAAUCAGUGAAUAUGAUUUUGGGCAUGAUCCGGUCAUAUCAGGAAGCUUGCUUUCUGCAUGCCGGCUGCAUGGGAAUGUUGAUAUUGCGGAACGUCUAGCAAAAAGGCUUUUGAAACUCCAGCCUCUGUCAACGUCACCAUAUGUACUGUUGUCAAACUUGUAUGCUUCAGGUAGGGCAUGGGGUGAUGUUGCCGAAGCAAGGAAGUUGUUGAAAGUCAGUGGACUGAAGAAAGAGCCGGGUCAUAGUUUGAUUGAGGCUAACGGGACACUGAGAAAAUUUACUAAAGGAAAUUUUUCUCAUGCACAGGAAGAUGAGAUGAAGGAUCUACUACAAAACUUAGAUUGGGCAAUGGGCGACAUUUAUUCAUGCCAAACCAACGUAUUGGUCUCAUGAGGUGCAUCUAUUCCUUUUGUUUUUGCAUCUGUACCAUAGCACUGAGAGUUGCCUUCUCAAUAUUCCUCUGGACGCGAAUUUUGAGGGAGCCUUUUGGAGCACUUGGAUUAUCAUUGGAAAUUAAUGGUUCCAGCAGUCUUCAGAAAUUUGGAAUAACGGCCUUAGGAAACCAGUGAUAAGUCUGGUGGCAUUGGUGAAGAACAAGAUGAAGAGAAGGGAGAGGAUGGGGGACUGACAGGCCUCUGGAUUUGUGGAUUUAGACUUCUGCUUCUUCAGCUUGGGAAAGUUAAGUUCACAAAGCACCUCGAGAAGUACUGGAGAAAACAACCACAAAGUUCUCUUCUUGUGUGGAGUAUAUAUAGGAACUCUGUUUUUGCAUUAUGCUCUAAGAAAUGUUGGUGGAUCAAUUCAUUUCAGAGCUGGAGCACCUGAAAGUUCUGGGUUUUUGUGUAUUGCAGCAAAGGAAGGAGUAUCGAUAAACUGAGAUAUUUACAUAGCCCUUAACAGACCACUAAUCAGGAAAGAAUUGCUGGUCAAGGCACUCCAUCACGAUCAGUGGCUUCUAUCUUUAUGAGGAGAGCGUGCACAGCUUCAGAGAUAUUUUUUAAGCACCACUGGGUGAAGUCUUUGGAUCGAAAGUGAAGCUGGUGAGGAAUCUCCUCUGUAACAUGGGUCAUCAAGGCAGCCAUCUUUUGUAUGGUCUCAUAAUUGCAUUGUGGUAUGUCAAUUGAUUAUACAUUUCCAUUUGUAUCUGCGAUUUCUAAUAGAAGUGUCGUCCUAUUCACCACUGGUUAACAGAAUAUCUGACUCCAAGCUGUGGAACACGUGUAGAGGGUGUCCUGUUGCAUUACAUAUAUUGUUAUUGGACGGGGAGGAUGUACAUAAAAUGGCAUCAGUCAGUUCAAGCUUUGAACCUAUAUCUUGACUAUGACAUGAAUGCAUUCUGAAGAACAUCAUGUUUUGGUGUCUGGAAGGUGAAGAACAUAUGGUAAAGAGUACCCUAUCAAAGGAGUUGUUUGGAAAUGAGAUGUGGGGAAGAAAUUCCUCACAACCGAUAGUCACGAUUUGUACAGUCAAAAGGAUGAUGAAAAACCUACUCUUCUUUUACCAAUUUCUGCAACUGCAUGACAUGGAAAAACUGCAACCGACAAAUUAACAGUAUAUUGAUUGGGCAUCCCUCAUGGAUCAA